GUUUGUAGUGAUGGAGACUUCCCUGGGGAUGAAGACAUCCCUCGGAUUGCAACCACUAAGCCAAACAUUUUGUCUACCACAAACCCCAGAAAUCCCCAAGUCUUGUAGUGGCAGCAAUAUCCAGAUACUUGACAGCAACCCACCACCCGAGCUUGGGGACAUUUCAAUGGCAGCUCCGGUCCACAGUCCUAGUAUUUACCUGGCACUGCCUCCAGCUCCAAGCCAGGAACAGAAAGGGAAUAGGAAUUUGGAGGACAUGAAAACCGUGCUUUCAAAGCCUCUGGAUGCUUACCAGAUCCCAACAGAAAACCAAGAGCCUCCACUGCUCCCUUUAGAAAUCCCCGACAUUCCCCAGCUCCUGGCCUGCUUUGAUCCCCUUGGCCAGGAGGAGCAGCCUGGUUGGGAAAACGCUGGUCUGGGAAAGAACAGCCUGAGUCUUAAGGACCAAGGGACACUUGAAAAUGGGACUGAAUCCAAUGAUGGCUUUGCAGACAUCGCCACACUGGUGGAGGAUAUUCAGCUUCCAGUGGUCCUAAAUUCCUUGGAUGAACUUGAUCAAUCCAAAGGUUCCAAGGUGAUCCAAACCAAAGAUACCAGAGCCAUCAAUUUGAACGAGGUGCAGAAAACAAGUGUCAUUAAUGCUCCCUCUGAUCAAGACAGGAAGAACAAACAUAAAGCCUCUGAGCUGAUCAGUGGUGCUCCCAUAGUCAAAAUCCAGCCUGAGAAUCCAGAUGGCAUGUUGGUGGGAGAAGUGGCUGUUUCCAAUGCUGCAGCCAGUGACAGGGCUCCUGAAAACAGGGCCAAGAAUUCUAACAAACUUCAGAAAGCUGCCCCCAGCAGGACCAGCAAAACCAAGAGCCAUGGGCAAGAAAAGGCCAAAAGAACCAGAGAAAACAACCCCAAGAAAACUGGAGAGAGUAAGCAGUCAGGGAACAAAGUCAAGGCAGAGGAGAAGCCAAACAUUCCAAAGAUGAAGCGGAAGAAAUACCACCCUGAGCUGACCCAAGAGACCUUCAAAAAGCCCCGGAGCUCCCUGGGUAUGCAUAUGCUGGAGUCUGUGCAGGUUUUUCAUGCCCUGGGGAAGAAGAGUGAUAAGAAAACUGAACUCUCUUCCUCCCGGGCCCUGGGACACUCAAGCAACCCCAAAGGCCCCCAGCCAUCCCUAGCUAUCAGACAAUGGCUGGAUACCCCCCGUGAGGGCAAAGGUCCUGAGAAAGCUCCAGUCAAACGCCAGAAACCAGAUGGCAGUGCUGAAAAGGAGUGUUCAUCUCCAUCUGAGUACGAGCUGCCACCGCCUGGGAAGGUCAAGUUGGUUCCUUUGAUUUUUCCAACUUUGGACAAGCCCCAAGCUCGACCUGUUCCUCGCAGGCCACUGUCUCUGGCAUCACGUCGGCCCGCUGGGGCUAACUGUGCCCAGCCUGGUUCUAAGUCAGCUCAACCUACUGCAGUCAAUUCAUCCCAGCCAACAUCUGCAUCUAUGAUGGGUCCUGCCAGACCAGCUCUGCCAAUUUCAACCAAUCCUGAUCAGCCUGGUUCUAACUCAGCUCAAUAUGCUGCAGUCAAUUCAUCCCAGCCAACCCCAGCAUCUAUGAGAGGUCCUGCCAGACCAGCUCAGCCAGUUUGGAUGAACCCAGUCCAACCAGAUUUGACCAACCCUGUUGAGCCUGGUUCUAAUUCAGCUCAACUUACUGCAGUGAAUUCAUCCCAGCCAACUCCUGCAUCUUUGACAGGUCCUGCUAAACCUAUUUCAACCAAUGCAGUCCGACCAGGUUGGACCAACCCUACCCAGCCUAGUGUCCCUCCGUGUGAUGCUUCUAGACCUGUGCCCUACAAAACAUCAACUUGCACUUCUUUCCAGCGGGAGCCGGUUCGCACUACGGUGAACAAGCCCUGGACCCCACCCAAACCUCAAAACCAAUGGCUUCUCCAGGAUUUUGCCUGUCAGAGAAUUCCAUGGAGGAAACCUGAUAUUUCUGGGCCAGUAAUGUCAACGCCCAUCACAAAGGAGCAGAGGCCAGAGAGGGAGGCUAUGAAGAGGAAAGCUCAACUUGAGCGGGAGAAUGCUGCCAAAUUCACCUCGCUGGGGAAAGUGCAAUAUUUCAUCGAGAGAGAAAAAGAAAUGGACAUUUCUCGAUACUAUGGCUAUGCAAAAUAAGAGGUGCCUAGA